AUGUCUGAACAAUCCUCGCGAAAAGUAAUGAACAAAAAGAAGAGAAAAACAAGUUCCGAAGAAGAAGAAGAAUUGGCAUCAACAACCUCUGAAGUAGAUGAAUCUGAAAUGAAAACAACAAUAGAAAAAACAUCAGCAAAAACACCAGCAGCAUCAGCACAGAAGGAACCUCAUGUGAUGGGAGAAGGUGAUGAUGAUGAUGAUGGCAUGAACACGAUGGACUUUCCAGAAGAGGAUUUUCUCAAGGAAAUUGAAGCACAAUUUGAAAUGGUUUCGGAAAUGAAUGCAUCAUCCUCUUUGGCCAAAUCAAAGAAAAUCCCAAUCACGGAAGAAAAAGUUCCAGAGAAGGACGACGAUUUAAUCAUUUCAUCUGAAAAUUCACAGAAAUAUCAAAAAGUUCCAGUUUCAUUCCGAGUGAAUAUUGUGAGAAAGUUUUUAAAGAUUGUUAUAAUUUUGCACAAAAUACCAGAAAUGUUUGUGAGAAUUGAUGUCGAAGAUGGAGAAUUCACAGUCGAUACAUUGGGAUAUACUAAAAAGUUGUGGAUUCAACGAAAGUAUCCAGGUCUCAUUAAAGUGAAUAAGGAGAAGGCAAAUGCACAAUUUUUGAAGAAUGGCAUUAUUUUGGUCACGUUACCAAUUGCCUCCAUUCCAAAGCAAACCUUUGAACAUCAUAUUGAACUCAUUAAGAAAAAACAAGAAUCAAAGAAGAUUAAAUUCCCGCAACCCAUUAAACAGAGCAUUUUGAGGAAUGCAGCAAUUAUGGAAAAGAAGAGAAAGAGAAGAGAGAAACAAAAGGAAAAGAAACAAUUCAUGGAUAAUGCAAUGGAUUUAAAGAAACCUAAAAAGAAGAAGAAGAAGGCCACUCAGGCGUCUACUACAGAAUCUGCGGAGCAAACUGUGAGUAAUGAAUAA